AGGGAAGAGACGGGACCCGGCGCCCCGCGGGCCAUGCGGCUCCUGGCCACGGCGCUGGCCGCCCUGCUGGCCACGGCCCCGGCCCCAGAUGUGUGUGAGGCUUUAAAUGUGACAGUCUUUCCAGGACCAACAGUGCGGUACUCGGAGGGAGAAAAUGCCACCCUUUACUGCCACAUUUCCCAAAAGAGAAAGACAGACAAUUUGCUGGCUGUGCGGUGGGUCUUUGCUGCAUCACCUACCCAGGAGUAUCUGAUGAUCAAAAUGACAAAGUUUGGGUCUGUUCAGUAUUAUGGAAAUUAUACUCAUCAUUUCCACAAGCAAAGACUUCAUCUUCUUAAAGAGAAACAUGGAACUAUGUACAAAUUUCUUAUUCUAAGCCUUCAGUCAACAGAUCAAGGACAUUAUAUAUGCAAAGUCCAGGAAAUUGGCAAACACAGGAAUAAGUGGACAGCAUGGUCAAAUGGCACAGCAGCUACGGAAAUAAGAGUGAUUUCAUCAAAAUCUUCUGAUGAUCCCACUUUAAGGAAAAACCAUGAAGCUUGGAAGUUUUUUGAAGAUUUGUAUGUGUAUGCAGUCUUUGUGUGUUCAGUAGGAAUCAUCAGCGUCCUCCUUUUUACACUUGUCAUUCUCUGUCAGUCACUCCUGAACAAGAGGAGAUCCACAGUGAAGCAUUACCUGGUGAAAUGUCCCCAGAACAGCUCAGGGGAGACGGUCACCAGCGUGACAAGCAUGUCCCCUCUACAGCCCAAGAAAGUAAAGAAAAAGAAAGAGAAAAUAGAGCAGCCACCAGCCAUUCCAGCAAAAGCUCCAAUAGCCAAUAAUUUUCCUAAGCCCAAGCUCCUGAAACCUCAAAGAAAAUUGAUCCUGCCAAAAAUUGCAGAGGAGAAUUUAACAUACGCUGAACUUGAACUGAUGAAGCCGAUUCAGGAAGCCAAAGGCAUUCCCAGUAUGACAGUCUAUGCACAGAUACUCUUUGAGGAGAACAAGCUGUAA